AGGGAAAAGAGAAAAGGAAGAGCGAGGGGCCUUGCGGGCUGCCUUCCAAGUGCGUUGUCCUUUGAUAAAUGAAAACACUAUUGAUGAUCACGUAAGAGACUUACUCACUGCGGGACCUUGGACCUGGCCAUGUUUCCUCCUGCGGCUUACAAGAAACCACUAUAUCAACGCUCUCGUUUUUAUCCAAGUCCAAUCGUAUAUAUCCUUCGAGAACGAUGCCUCCAGCGCACCCUUUGCUUCAAUAGCGGCCCUCCCGACAGCGAAAAGACGGAGAACACAGUGGAGACAUCAUCUCAUCCGAGUCGAAGAAAUCACGAUGGUAACCCAGCGCCGAUUUACAUAAGAGACAUUGGCGGCCGGAAUGACGAGUUUUCCAUGGACACACAUUCAUUUGCAACCCCCCCCCCUCUCCUCCCAAAACGUGUAUCCCGCGGGGAUCACGCGGGGAUCAACGACUCAAUCGAUUUCCAGAAGGAAGAGAACGUGGUAGCAAUGUAGCUCCCAGCUUCGAUUUCACAGUCAGUCAAGCCUCCG